AUGGACCUGCUCGCGCCGAUGCGCGUGGGCACGCUGAGCGCCGAGGACUACGCUUCGGAGACCUGCGCGGCGAAGACCGUGGACGCCGACGACCCCUACGGCGACGAGCCGGAGCGCCACCCGGCGCUCAUCGUCCACGGAGCGACGCCCAUGAACGCCGAGUCGCCGCCGGCGCUCCUCGGCGACACCUACCUCACGCCCAACGACCUCUGGUACGUGCGGAACCACCACCCCGUGCCGCGUCUGAAGGGCGACGCCCACGAGGUCACGGCGACGAUGCAGUGCAGCGGCAACCGGCGGGGCCACAUGAACCAGUACGGCACGACGUCGGGCACGGCCUGGGGCUGCGGCGCCGCGAGCACGGCGACGUGGGCCGGCGUGCCGCUCCGGGACCUGGUCGGCGAGACGUUGAAUCUAGGCGCCGCGCCGCUCGCGGCGGCCAAAAAACUGGGCCUGCGCCACGCCAUCUUCGAGGCCGCCGACGACAUGCAGGCGUCCAUCCCCCUCGAGAAGGCGCUCGGCGAGCUCGGCGACGUCUUGGUCGCGUACGAGAUGAACGGCGCGCCGAUCCCGCGCGACCACGGCGGGCCGCUCCGCGUCGUCGUGCCGGGCUACGCGGGCGUGCGCAACGUCAAGUGGGUGAAGCGCAUCGUGCUGAGCGCCGACACGGCCGUCGGCGCCUGGGAGCGGGGCAUGAACUACAAGGCGAUGCCGAGCCACUGGAGGUCGAAGGCGGACCUCAAGGGCGUCGACUUCGCCGCGCUCCCGUCGAUCCACGAGCUCCCGACGCAGUGCGCCUUCUCCGCGCCGGCGGCGGGCGACGCCGUCGACAGCGACGACGAGUCCUUCGAGGCCAGGGGCUGGGCGCUCGGGUCCGCGGGCCGCGCGGUGCACCGCGUCGAGGUCUCCGCGGACGGCGGCGCGACGUGGACCGAGGCGUCCCUCGACGCGGGCACGGACCAGCCCUACGGCCGCGCCUGGGCCUGGACGACCUGGUCCUGCGACCUGCCCAUCCCGGCGGGACCGGAGCCCCUCACGCUCCUCGCGCGAGCCGCGGACCUCGGCGGCGGCGCCAUGCCCCGGACGCCCGAGGACGUCUGGAACAUCCGCGGCCUCAACAACAACUCCUGGCACACCGUCACCCUCGGGCGGACCGUGGCCGCGGAAGAGGAAGAUCUUCCCAAACAUAACUCGAUGCGUCGCGCGCUCGCGCUGCUGGCGCUGCUGCGAGCCGCCAAUGCCGUCUUGGUCGGCGACCGCGUCUCCUACCUCGCCUUCGGCUCGAACAUGCAUCCCGCCGUGCUGACGCGGAAGCGCGGCGUCGAGCCCCUGCGUUCGAUGCCCGCGGCGGCGGAGGGCUGGCGCCUCGGCUUCUCGCUGCGCGGCGGCGGCCGCGAGCCGUCGUUCGCGUCCGCGGAGCCGGACGGCCGGCGCACGUUGUACGGCGUGCUCUUCGACCUCGAGCCCCUGGACUGGGCGCGCGUCUGCGCCACCGAGGGCGUGCCCUUCGGCUACCUCGCGGUCCCCGUGCGCUGCCGGCCGCUCGACGCCGACGGCCGGCCGGAUCGGCGCGAACCCGUGGAGAUGGCGUGGACCUUGGUCGCGUCGCCGGGGCCCGCGCGCGUCGCGGACGAGGCCGACGAGCCGAAGCCGUCCGAGAGAUACUUGUCCUACCUCCGCGAGGGCGCGCGGCUGAGCGGCCUCCCCGCGCACUGGCGCGACUACCUCGACGGCCUGUCGCGCGACGCGGCCGCGCCGCUCGCGGUCGACCCCGUCGACGCGGCCUGGGUCGCCGACCGUCUAAAGACGACGUAG